UUUCAUGUAAUUCCUGGAUUUGUGCCUUCAACCGGUCCCAGUAAUAUCACACGGUUCAAGUGUCAUUUCUAUUCUUUGGUAUCCGGACUGUUUAUCCGAAUUCGUCGACGCCGAUAAGCCGACGGACGGCCACGUUGGACGGAUGGCGUCGUCAUGGUUCAGUUCAAAGGUGAACUUGUCUACGAUCGUGUCCCAGGGUCUUGAGCAUGUCACCAAGCUCAAAGACGAUGUCGAGAAGCAAUUUGAUGAAGCAGUGUCCGGCAAGGGAAUGACCACACUCACGUUGCAGAAUUUGCCACCGGCAACAAUCGACAUGCAAGCACCGCCAAACUUGUUCCAAGAAAAUGUGCCUUCGACUGCCCUUGCGCCGUCACCAGCGCCACCACAAGAUGAGGAGUCCUCCCCGCUCCAAUCCACAGAUACUUGUGUUGACCCCGACUGCCACAGAGAGUCCGAUAUACCUCCAGGUAGAAUUUAUCCACUAAACUGCGAUGUCUUCCGUGGGCCUUAUAAGGCCACUAUAGCGCUUCAAUGUGCUACCCUAUUGUCGUCCACAUCAUCGGCAGGAGACUCCCCAACUGACAGUGUCCUUCUUGCAGCACAUAUAUCCUGUCCUCCACCAUCCGAGCCCUGCCAGCAAGCGCAUGGCCCAUCCCACGAGACUCCGCCAUCGUCGCUUCUCCCACGUGCCGAAGAAGAUGUUGCUCCUACUGGAUGGGAUGCUUCGCUCGAUGAUUUGCAUCCAGAUGCUGCUGAAAACUCGGCGCUACUGGCAAUUGUGCAAACUCUUCCACCCAAUGUUGCGUCCGACCCCUCCACUUCUCCAAUCACCGUAGAAACCUCACCACCAGUUGACCCUUCCAGCACCACUCUUGACUCUUCAAAUGAAUUUACCGACAUACGGUCGGACUUACCUUCGUCCGACGGUAGCAUCCAGCCCACGACGACUGCGGUCGUACCUUCGAUUGAAUCCGUUUCACAAGACAACAGAUCUUCUCCUUCACCGCCAGCGUCGUCAUCGUCAUCGCUACACGCAACGGAGGACGCUCCCCCAACGUCGAUUGAAGUUUUAUUUCUACAAAAGGAACUAGCACAUGUUCAAGCAGAGCUCCAGAAGAGUCGGGACGUUCUCUGCGAGCGGGAGAGCCAACUCGUGUCGACGUCAGCUGCCAUGGCAAAACUGCAUGAAGAACUCGAAGCGCUGCGCAGCGCUCGAUCCACAACGAGUCCGAACGACGCAAGUGUCAUCUACUCGCUGCAAGUCGCACUAGCUGACAAGGAAAUGCAAUUGACCAACUUGCUCGACGAAGGCGAAGCGUUGUCCAAGAAACAAGCUGCGUUCGAGUCGCGGCUGCGCGCCCUUCGAAAGGAAAAGACAGACAUCAUGGACGAGAACAAGAAGCUCACGGCGGCGCUCGAAACGGCGACGGCCAAAUGGGAAACCGCACGGAUGCACUUAGUUACGGCAGAGGAAGAUGCCAAGCUUCAUGCCCACGUGCUCAAGUCUCUCGAUGCCACGGACGCCAAGUUGCAGGCAACGGAAGCUGCGCUGAUCGCAUCCACGCAACGUCUGACUGCUACGGAAGCGCUCGUCGAGCAAUUAGGUGCCGAAAACGACGCGCUGAAAGCUCGCACACAACUCGCGGCAUUUGAAGAUCGCGAGGCGUUGGAAGCUACGAUUGCCGAGUUGCAGGCGAACGUAGCUCAAGUUGAAGCCGAAGCAUCCAAGCGCGAAGACCAGGCCCGCGUCGCGUUACAUGCGAUGAAGCAGCGGUGGCAAGAGGCAGUGACCCGCAUGGACCACAUGACCCACAGCACCAGUGACGCGACGCAGCCGCUCCUUCGCCAGAUUCAAUUGCUUCAGGAAGAGCAGCGCGUACUAGAGUUACGCCGUAUGUCGUUUGAGGCCGACAUGCAGAAGAAGGUGGACAACGCAGCUCGUGAAGUUGCGAUGGUACAGGCUGAGCUCGCUGUUGAAACAAAGAACGCCAUGGACGCACAAACUCGAGCGUCAGUGCUGCUCGGUCAAGUCACGGAGUUGCAAGGGCUUGUUCAAGCGGAGAAGGUCACGGUUGAAUCGUUGCACAAGCAACUAGACGACAGCGCGCGGAUUCGACAGCAACUGGAGCAGCAACUGGAAGUCCUCGGCGACGAAAAGCGCCACCUCGCUACGCGGUUGCGGUUGGUCCAAGAACAACACGACGUGCACACCAAGCAACUCCUCCACCAACUAGAGCAGCAAACCCAAGAUGCAGCUGCGCUGCGCCGGCAAUUGCACGAAGCGACGACGCCAACGAGUACCCCGAUAACUGGCACGUUCGCGAGUGCGGCCACCCUCCCUCCCAGCGCGCCGAUGCCCCUGCCACAGGCCCCCAUUUUGCAAGAAUCGCCUCAAUCAGGCUCAUCGUGCCGUCGCAUGGACCGAACGCCGUCAAGCGACUUGAACGAGGACAUGUCGAUGAUCGAAUGGAAUCAGCUGCUUCAAAAAGUUCGUCUGCGAGAGAGCGAGGCGUCGCUGCUCAAGAGCCAGCUGCAAACUGUCGAGGAGGCGCGGAAGAGUGCGAGCGAUGACGUCGUUCGGCUAUCGACGCAGAAUGCCGCGUUGAAAGCAGCAGUAGCAGAAUUGGCAGCGACCAAGGAAGCCCUUGCCGCCAUGGAGGUAAAGCAGCACGUCCUGCUCGAGCUCCUCGGGGAAAAAGAUGAACAGGUCGAAGAACUCGAGGCUGAAUUCAGGGAGUUCAAGCAAAUGUACCAAAACCAAAUCGAUACGCUCACGCGAAGAUGAGAGUGAUCGAAGCGCGUAAGGAAAUGUCAGCAUUUUUCCAUCCGUCCGAGAUGAGCGAUUCCGACGACUGAGCGCCUCGGCGGCUUUUUGCAUGGGCAAUAUCUAUAUGAACCACACUUCGUAAUUUCAUGCAUAAUUCGAGCCCCCUAUGCUUUGUACCAUUCCUCGGUAAUCAUCCGCCACAUGUAUCCGUGCCAAGAUCUCCAUGGUUGACACGCUUCCUGACUUGUGUCCCCUGUCGAGUGGGUGGCUGGAUAAAUUCCGCUACUGUGGAGGCUGAGCUGUUUGCACUCCCUCAUGAUGCAUGGGACUAAAUCACGAUGGAUUAC